AUGCCGCCCCGCCCCCUCGCCGGGCUUCUAUGUGCCGCGGCCCCGCGCCGCCACGCCCGCCAGAACAGUCGGGAAGAAGUCCGGUGUCCCAACCUCACUACAACGCUGACUACUGCCUUAAGUGUGGUAGUGGAGGAUAGUGGCCGAGUGGAGGCUACAGCGGACUAUUCCUGCGAGAAGGGGAGGAGGAUAGUCGGGAAUAGUCAGCGGAAGUGUGGUAGUAAUGGUAUCUGGAGUGGCAGUCAACCGCGCUGUGAAUAUGUGACCUGCGACCUACCACAAGGCUUGGAUAAUGGUAGGAUAGUCCGACUCAACCAGAUCCUGGAAUACGGUAGCCUGGUCGAAUAUCACUGUCUACCGGAACAUAGGCUGGUCGGGGGGAGCUUCCGGAGGUCGUGUGGCGAGCUGGGCGAGUGGUUGGGUGGAGAACCGAAGUGUGUGUUGGGUCCAGAGGAUGCCUACAACACCAUAGGCUCCGAUAGUAGUAGUAGUAGUAGUAGUAGUGUGAGUACUACUUCUACUUCUACCGCUAGCAACACCGGCCUCUACAUCGGACUAUUCUUCGGGCUCAUCCUGGCGAUAGUCUUCAUAGGAGUGCUAGUCUACUUCAGAAUGAAGCAGCGAAGAGAAGGAGGAGGAGGAGGAGGAGGAGGAGGAGGAGGAGGAGGAGGAGAAUGGAAGGGAGGAAGAGGAGGAGGAGGAGGAGAUGAUGAGAGACCUCCCCUCCCCCCCCCAAAUGACCAGAAGACCACUCCUACCAUGACCUAUUCAAGCCUGACCGACCCCAUAACAGGUUAG